AAUAGAUUUCACAAUCUUCAUGAUUUGAGAUCAUUUGUACUUUAUCACAAUUAUACAAAACAAUAGUGAUAGCCUAUAGACAGGAAUGAGCUGGGGGGGGGUAUUUAUUUACACUGUACACAUAUUGACUCCAUAAUUAAUUAUUACUAAUGGCCGUAUUAAUAUUUCUGCUGUCCUUCUAAAAUCAUAUUAUAGUCUUAUGGAUCUUUGUUUCCUGCUAGUUUGGGUCAUCCAUAUGUCAGUUAAUAAAAUUGAUUCUACAAAUAUGACAUUUUCUGUCCUUGGAAUAACACUGUGGUUGUGUCUGGUAUUUCAUGUUCAUUUUUAGAAGCAGCAGAUUAAAUAUAAAAAUAGCAACAAGUUCAACUAUUCUAAAGCAGCUUAAUCAGCAAAUGUUUACUACUAUGACUUCUGUCUUGUGGUUGCGUAAGGACAGUAAUAAAGAAUCUUGGAUAUAAGCCAGUUCUGGUAUAUCACGUGACUUUUCAGAAACAUACAGGUUGGCAAACCUGCUUGAAACAGCUUUUGGCUGUGUUGGUAUCAUGGUGGCCAUUUUGUGAGACGACCAAAUUGGCAGUGACAAAAUGGUUGAGAAUCACAACUGGAGUCGGUUGGUGUAGAAAAACAACAUGAGGUUGAUGCCAGCUGCCCAGCUGUGUGUGAAUGCCCUGCCGUGCCCCCAAUGUGCCGUGCUGGUGUGAGUCUGGUGUUUGAUGGUUGUGGGUGCUGUAAAGUUUGUGCUGCCCAACUCAACCAGGACUGCAAUACUCACAAGCCCUGUGACUACCAUAAGGGUUUGGAAUGUAACUACGGCAAUGAAGUGUUGUUGGGAACGGGAAUAUGUCGAGCCAAACUGGAAGGCCGCAGCUGUGAGUACAAUGGUCGAAUGUACCAGAAUGGCGAGAGUUUCCAUGUGGGCUGUAAACACCAGUGUACCUGCAUCGAUGGAGCGGUGGGUUGUGGUCCUCUCUGUACCACGAGCAUGCCCCUAUCAUCACCCUCCUGCCCUUACCCGCGGCUGGUGCGGGUGCCCGGCCAGUGCUGCUUUAGUGUGGACUGCCACAAAGGGGCAAUAGCACCACUGAUGCCCCCAUGGAAAACAAACCAGCAGCCUAAUGGUCCCCUACACAAGAACGAGAACAUGCUGGGGAACGAGUUGUGGGAGAGGAGGAAUGGAUGGGAAGAUGAACAGGGAUAUAAAGACUUACCAAACCAAUGGGCCAUCGUUCAGACACGAUGUGUGAUCCAGACAACUGAUUGGUCUCCAUGUUCGAGCAGUUGUGGAAUGGGCAUAUCCUCUCGAGUAACCAAUGACAAUGCUCAAUGCAAGCUGGAGAGAGAGACCCGCCUGUGCAACAUACGACCCUGCAGUCCACUGGCUGCUGUUCCCAAGAAAGGAAAGAAGUGUACACGCAUGCAAAAGUCACGAAAGCCUGUUCACCUGUCCUACGCAGGCUGCCAAAGCGUCCAAGCUUACCAGUCGAACUACUGUGGCACGUGCACUGAUGGGCGGUGCUGCAUGCCACGGCGCACUCGUACCGCCUCAGUCCCUUUUCAGUGCCCUGGAGGAGGGCGUUUCGACAAAUCAGUCAUGUUCAUCCACUCCUGUAAGUGUGGACAAGACUGCGGGCAUCUGAACAACGAAGCAGCCAUGCCACCUCAGAAGUGGCUUUAUGGAGACACACACAAGUUCAGUGACUAAUUUUCUGUGUAGCUGUGAAGACUUUAUAUGGUAUAAUUUGACUGCAUCAUGACGACACGGCACAACACAGCUGUGCUGAAAAGAGAAUAUUUAAGCGUAGUUUAUACCACAUAGAACACAGCUGAGUCCAGUAAAGGCAUAUACACAGGUUAUAGUCGCAUUUUUUUUGCCUUGCAGGUUUGGUUGAGAGUUCUGCUGGUCAGCAAGUAUGAAUGGAUGCAUCGUUUUAUUGCAUAUACAUUUUCUAGUUAUACAAAUUAUGUAAGUGUUCUGUAACACUCACUGCUUCAUGUAAAUCCUGAUGACAAAAAAAAACCCCUGAUCUUGCAAAAGAUUUGCAAAAUGAUUAAUGAGAAUUAGAAAGUUAGUGUCUCAAGUCUAUGUUUGAAAAGAAAAAGGUCGUUAAUUAAGGAAUAAAAUGCAUGCUGUUAUGGGAAAAUAUUUAGUGACGGGGUAGUGUCAUGCUGCCAGACACAAUUACUGUUUCCCCAAUGUUAUUGCUUUAGUCUAGCAGCCUUUUUUUUCCUCCUUCUUUUGCAGAAAAAAACCCCUGCAACUUGUCAUGUUACUAAGAAUCAGAAAGCACAAAUUACUUGGCCCUGAACAAUGUCCUGUGGCCGAAACAUUAGCAGCUGUUACAAACCACUGACACUGGAGACUCCUUCCAUAAAUGUCAAAUAAAUGUCUCCUUACAUAAAUCUUCACAAUUUCAACAAUUGUAUGAUAUCUGCUAUCCAAGUCCAGAUACUAGAAUGAGCACAUUUAAUAUAAUCACGACAGAUGGAACUACUGUCGCGAUAGGAAAUUAAUCAUCUGUUGACAAUACAAUAUACGAUGGCUGAGCUAAUCCACAAAUUGCUUUCAUCCAUCUACAAUAAACAAAAUAAGGAGAAAUUAGUUUUUGCUGGGGUAAAAAAAAAAAAAAUCAGGGGUGUUUACAGUGGUGCUUGAAAGUUUGUGAACCCUUUAGAA